AUGUUUUGGGGUGACUAUUAUAGGUAUCCAAAAGUUUUGGGCCCACUACCUACACACCUCAUUUCACAGAAUUCUCGUGCUUCUCAUCGGAUUCGUGUGUCUCGCCUCAAUGUGUUCCAACUAUUUGAUCAUCAAUUUCACGUUCAUUUGCAUGAAACAUGACAUGACAGACGGAUCGUACAUGGAUGGCAAUGGUGUAAAGACACGUGGCACUAUGAAAGACACAAAAUGUGUGUUCUCAGACACUUCACAGUAUCUAUGACUAUUCUAGCAGUGAGAAGAAAUGGAUAAUGUGGGCGGUGGCGGCUGGCACCAUUCUGGGUACGAUUCCACUGAACAUGCUGUAUAUCAAAUUUGGAGCUAGGUGAUGAUUUGGUUGAGGAAAGCAAGAUUCGAAGAUGGGUUUUCAGGUAUCCGUUCCUGAUUGCCGGCGUGAUUUCUUGUGUGACCACUGCGUUUGUGCCUUUUGCCGCAAAAGUUCACUUCCUGUUCUUACUUUCCCUCAGGUUUUUACAGGUAUUAUAGCGUUUAAUGCAUGACAAAAUGAAGUUGUACAUAGAUCUCUUUAGGUGUUUAGAUUAGAACACAAAAGAACAUACAUACUGUAAAAGAAGGGCACUUCAAUUCAAGAUGAUAUAUCUCAGCUGCUAUUAAAGAUAUCAAGAAAUUGUCAACUGACAAAAUGUGCGCAAUGUAUCAAUGAGCAAGUUAUUAGUUGACAAUUUUUUGAUAUCUCUUCAGGCAGAUGAGAUACAUCGUCUUGAAUGAACAAUAUCACGGUUGGCAUUCGGCUCGAAAUCCGUCUAUUUUAAAUACUACUUCCAGGGCUUCGCCUACUCGGCAGACUUUGCCGCGAUCGGCUUGAUGACGGUCCGUUGGGCUCCGCUCUCCGAGACUGCCACAUUCGUCGCCAUCCUCACCUCCUUCAACGGAAUCGCGUCGACGGUGACCAACUCGGCGACGGGGCUCAUCUGCGAGAGCUCCCUCGGUUGGAAAUGGUCGUACUACUUGCACGCAGUCUUCGGACUCCUUCUCUUCAUCGUGUGGGCGAUUGUUUAUGCGGAAGAUCCGCAGGAGACGAGAAGAGUUUCGUCGCGAGAGUUGCUCAAGAUUCAGAAGAACAAGUCAGAGGCGCAUUUGGAUAAGAACACCCCGGUUCCUUAUGUGGUACGUCUUCUGGGCGUCUAAAAGUCUAUCGGCUUUCAGAAAGUGCUCACGAGCCCUGUGAUCAUCUGUGUUUGGGCGAACGCCUUCUUCGACCUGACCGCAGCCAUCAUGUUCUCCACCUACGUCCCCAUUUACCUAAAUGAAGUGCUCAAGUUCGGAAUCACAGAGACCGGCUUCUACGCGUCUCUAAUUCUCGGAGUAUCCCUUCCAGUCCGCUUCGUCUUCGCUGUGAUCAGUGACAAAUUCAAAUUUGUGAACGAACGCAUCAAAAUAAUGCUAUUCAACUCGGUGUCCGUCGGUCUUUCGGGUCUCAUUUUCGCGUGUAUUGGGUCUGUGCCAGCCAGUGACAUUGCCUCCUAA